AUGGGACUAAGCGAUCUAGAUGUGCAAAUAGAAAAAUUACGAAAUUGCGAACUUAUUUCCGAAGACGAAGUUAAAGAACUUUGUAAUAAAGCUCGAGAAAUCUUAAUAGAAGAAAGUAAUGUACAAAGAGUUAACGCGCCUGUAACAAUCUGUGGAGAUAUUCAUGGACAAUUUUAUGAUUUAAAAGAAUUAUUUAAAGUUGGAGGUGAUUGCCCGGAAACCAAUUAUUUAUUCUUAGAUCGGAUAACAUUAAUACGUGGUAAUCACGAAUCACGUCAAAUAACUCAAGUAUAUGGGUUUUAUGAUGAAUGCCUACGAAAAUAUGGAUCAAUUUGUGUAUGGAGACAUUGUUGUGAAAUAUUUGAUUAUAUGAGUUUAGCUGCCAUCAUUGAGGAUAAAAUAUUUUGUGUGCACGGAGGUUUAUCUCCUAAUAUUAAUUCAAUAGAUCAGAUUCGCACAAUUGAUCGAAAACAAGAGGUUCCUCAUGAUGGAGCCAUGUGUGAUCUUUUAUGGUCAGAUCCUGAUGGAUGGGGAUUGAGUCCUCGUGGCGCGGGAUAUUUAUUUGGUGGAGAUGUCGUAGAGCGAUAUUUACAUAACAACAAUCUGGAAUUAAUUGCACGUGCUCAUCAAUUGGUAAUGGAAGGAUAUAGAUUAAUGUUUAAUGAUACCAUAGUAACAGAAGUUCGUGGUUUACCAGCAAAAAAACCAGCCCCCGACUAUUUCCUGUGA